UUCAAAAAAAAAAAUCGGAUCAAUGUUCGGAAAAAUGUCAACAAACCGCGAUAAAUAAAUAAUUUUAUUCGUUGUUCUUGGUUAAUUUUCCGAGAAAAUUAGGAAGAAAAUUGAUUUGAGCUCAAACUAUUCUGUGUCUCUUUGUGAUUUUCUUGUGGCAGUACUAGAGCAAAAACUAAUCGUUUCAACGAUAACAGUGCACAAAAAAUCGAUUGCAUUUUUUCUUUGAUACUCAUGAUGUAGCACUUUAGUAUAAGUGAAUUAAAGACGGGAAACAGGCAAAAUUUGGGAACUAGUUACUACGUGAUUUAUUUGCCCUCCCAGAAUCGACUUGUAAAAUGAAUACCAAGAAACCGAUUUUACACAUACUGGUUGUUGGAUUUCAUCAUAAGAAAGGAUGCCAGGUUGAAUUUUCCUAUCCGCCCUUGAUAGCCGGGUCGGAGGGGAAACAGGAAUGCCCUUCGGGGUGGAAGUACCUUCCGACACUGGCUAUUCCCGAUGGAUCGCACAAUUUUAUACAGGAUGUCAUCUGCUUCAAUCUACCCAGCCUAGUCGAUCCCCAUGAAUCGAUCUACGGUAUAAGUUGCUACCGCCAGAUUCCAGUGGAGGAGCUGAAAAUCCGAACGGCUGAUGUCACCAGAAGCACCGUACAAAAGUCCGUGUGUGCGUUGCUAUCGAUACCGAUCUAUGGCUACGUCGAAGUUAAACUGUCUCUAAUUGCGCAUGCAUUCUUCGAGCAGGGGGAUUUUUCCUGCACCGACAUCCUUGUUAAAGCGUAUGAACAGCUGAAUGCUUGCCUUCAUUCAAUGGAAUGCUCGGAGUUGGAUCCAGCGAGACUGCAUUUUAUAGGGGUGCCUUUGAGGGAGCUUGUGCUGAAGUGGCGUCAUAAGCUGCUUAUUUUGUACAAGUUGCUUCUGCUACAAAAACGAGUCGUUUGUUUUGGAUCUCCAGUGCAACCCAUUUGCUCGCUGAUUUUGGGAGUCGUUUCGCUGCAUCCAGAGUUGCUGGCUAAAGGUUUUCAGGAAGUAGCCUGUGUGAAAACUUCUCGACCCAUGUCACCCAUGCCCAGCUUUGGUACUCCACAACAUGAAGAAUCGAGCUUUCCAGCUGUUGAAAAGGAAAUGCGCUGCGAUUCCAUUACUUCUGAAGUCUCGUUAGGAAAGCCUGUUGAAGAUUUACAAUUACAAGAUUCGAAAAAAGAUGAUGUCGACAGUACCAAAGAAGCUAAACCCGAUUCAGAGUCCGCACACGAGUCGCCAACAGAUGAAGUCGCAGGGAAUCAAAAUGUUCGCCCGGCACUGGCACGUGAAACUAGCGUUGACACAAUCGCGUCUAAUUUUGCCAGUCUGUGCGCAAUUAAACCAGACGAAUGGGCCGCACCGAUGAAGAUGUUUCACGAGGGCAAUCUCUGCCUGCCGUACAUCUCGUUGCCGUAUAUGGAUUUACUCACGGAUCCAUCGGUUAAGGGGUAUAUAAUUGGAGCUUCGAAUGUUCUGUUCCAGCAGAAACGUCACCUGGCGGAUGUGAUGGUCGAUGUGGAGGGUACCGUCAUCGACGUGUACGACUUUGAGCUGAAGCGACAGAUCCAACUGAGCACGGAAGAUUUGCGCUUCGCUGAUUUCAUCAUACGAAACGUGCAGAAUCCGAAGGAAGAUGCCGAGGGUAGUGAAGUUUGGAUUCGGGAGCAGUUCUAUGGAUACAUGGUGGCGCUGCUGAAGUCGUCAGUGUGUUUUGAUGGCGCUAAGGAAAUGGAGCAUUUCAACGUCCACUACAUGAUGGCUCUCAAAACGUCUCAAUGCUACCAAGACUGGCUGAUCAGAAGCGGUGGUGACACCAAUCCAGCUUUCGAGGGGUUAGCAGUGGGUCAUCCAUUCGCAGGAACGCUUUCCGUGGCAGACAUGAAGCUAAGAAUAGCACAAACGAUGCAGAAUAGCGAGAGUGGUCGUAAGUUAAACCAGGCCGUCAACAACACUAGUCGAGCGGUAGGAGGUGCUAUAAGCACAGCGAAAGGAGCAUUUUCCACAUGGUGGACAUCGAUGACCGCACCGGUUGCGGCAGCUCCAGGCGCACCAGCCGGUAACGCUCAAGGGGACAGUCAAACCAACAGCAGCGAACAAUUUUCCGACACUAGCGAUGACUCGGAUGAGAACGUUAACCCGAACGACAUUGACAGCAGUUACAGUGAUAGUGACAAAAGUCCAAAUGAUGCGAAUAGAAACACAAUAAAACGAAUAGAAAAGAAUAAUGAUUCUCAAACGGACCCCUCUGAGAUAGGAACGGCAGAACAUUUACUGGAAAGUAGUAACAAUAUAAUCGAAAUUGGGAAAGAAGCUGAUAUAUUAGAUCGACAACAGAAAAUCUACCACAUUUAAUUCGAACCCACCGGCACUAUCGGAUAUCGCUUCUAGCUACUGCUUCGAAUGCAUAAGGUGAUAUUUUAACCCAACAUAUAAUUACUGAAACCAUUCCAAAGUUGCCCCAUGUUCACAACACCAAUUUUUAAUUUUGUGUUUAACAGAUCUAAAACAGUUGUCAUUGUUUGUACUUACAUUAAUAGUCGUGUGUUGUUUUCUAACACUUCAUGGGCAUUUAAGAAAACGAAUGAUAAUCAGCCUUGCCUCAGAGCUGGCUGCAAGAACUCAGCCGCUGCGCUCCAUUACAAUGAACUUGGCUUCUCCUCUGUAGUACAGUACUACCCGUAACCACACAUCAAAAUAUUCAUCUUCACAGCAUAAGUACAUAGACAACGCGUGCUGUGAAUUUUUUUGCAGUUCUAUCAUAAGUUACAAAUAUAGAAAAUGUCAAAUCAGAGCAUGUUAGAUGUGUUAUGGAAUAACGUUAUUCAAAUUGUGAAAUAAUGAAAAAAGUACUCAGUCAUAAGAUGCUAACACGUUAGUUUUUGCAGCAACCAUGUUUUCAUUCAAAACAAUUGUGUGAUAAUUUCAAAUAGUUAGUCUACAGAAUAGCUGUUCACUGUGUAACAUACAUAUAACUAAACCACUGAAGUUAUGUCUCAAAUAGCAAAUAAAGUAUUGAACAAG